AAAUGCUUGCAGGGGAGAGGGUAUAGUUGCCGACUUUGCCAAACCGACUCCAUAUUGCUACAGAGACUCGCAGUGGGACAAAGAGACGGGGUGUGCCUUCAUAUUGAUCAGAGUCUCCUCUCUCUGUUACAAUGAGACUAAUUGCUCUCCUGUUGGCAUCGGGACUCGUGAACUUCACGCUGGCUCAGAACAGAGAUCCCUUUCAUUGGCUUGCCUCUUUGCACAGUCGUGGUUAUGCCUCUCUUCAGGCCGACAACACCGGGGGAGAAUGUCCAGAGGAGUGUGACUGCCCUCCAACCUUCCCAGUGGCCAUGUACUGUGACAACCGCGACAUAAAAAGAAUGCCGUACAUCCCGUCUCGGAUGAAGUAUGUGUACCUGCAACACAAUCAGAUCACCUCUGUCCCAGACAACGCUUUCGGUAAUGCCACCAACCUAGUCUGGAUUAUACUUCACGAGAACCAUAUCAACUCUGUGGGCAACAAUGUGUUUUCUAAACUGGCUAACUUGGAUCGCCUGUACCUGAGCAACAACAACCUAACCGAGGUGCCGUCCAACCUACCCCGCUCCCUGCGCGACCUUCGUCUCAAUCACAACAGCAUCGCCAAAGUGUCCCCUAAUGCUUUUGAGGGGAUGGAGAAUUUGACCAUUCUUCUGCUCCAUAACAACGGCCUGCAGGAAAUCAGCGGGAGCUUAAAAAGCCUCAAGUCUUUAACUCUGCUGGACGCGAGCAGCAAUCAGCUGAAGAAGAUUCCAGAUGGUCUUCCGGAGAUGCUUCACCAACUCUACCUAGAGUCAAACUCAAUCGACGCAAUCCCUGCUGACUUCCUCAGCCAAUUCAUCAACCUGCAGUAUGUCCGGUUCUCUCACAAUGCGCUUACAGAUAAAGGCAUCCCCCAAAACACCUUUAACAUCAGCGGUCUGGUGGAGCUCGAUUUGUCUUUUAACAAGCUGGAGAGGAUUCCUGUUGUUAGUAGCAGUCUGCAGCAUCUCUAUCUCCAGGCAAAUCACAUCAAAGAGUUUACAUUGGGAAGUUUCUGCAGUGUGGUAGACAUUAUGAACUUUUCCAAGCUGAAAGUGCUGCGGCUGGAGGGAAAUGAAAUCAGUGCUGGAGACAUGCCCACUGAAGCUGCCCUGUGCCUUCGCCUUGCUUCUGAUAUUGCCCUGUAAUGUCACUUGCCAUCCAGAAGGGGGCUCUACUGUGUUCCUCCAUCAUUUAAUAUCUCAAAGUGGCAUGUCAUUGCUGUGAAGUUUCUUUUUAACAUGAAUUUAAAGUGCUUCAGGAUUUUGUAGGAAUGUAAUUUCCUGUGGACUUCGAAGAGACACACAAAUUCGAAAAUGGAAAGAGAGAGAUUUACUAGGAAAUUGAAAUCCACUGUAAAGAUAUCUAAAGCCUGUGUAUUUUCAUCUAAGCAUUUUGAAUAUAAGUUUGUGCUUUAUUUUAUGUGUACGUUUAUAAGACGACAAGCACUAAAAUGGAAAUUGCAGUCUGCUUUAUAUUUGAUUUACUUUAGGUGUUUACAGCGUGGGUUCAGAUCUGUUCAGGAAACAAUUUUGAACAGUGCUGUGAGUAUUUAUUCUACCUAUGAAACAGAAGUAGGAACUGAAUACAGAAGGUUUUAACUAAACUAACUGAUUCUAUAAUGUUAUGAUCAUUAGAAAAAGCAAGAAAUGUUCUGCUUCUCAUUGUUUUAAAACGAAUGCAGUUUAAAAUGUGUAAUCUCUAUUUUAAACAUGUAAAAAAGAUAAACACUGAAUUGUUAUUUUUGUAAUCAGUUUAAUGCAUGUUGUAUGUAGCCUAAUGUCCCGGUGUUUAAAUAUACCUGAAGAUCUUUCAUCGGCCUCAAUA